AUGGCUUUGAAAGAACUUCCAGAACUAAUUUCUCAUGAAGAGAUGAAGGCAAAUAAAAUCCCACUAGAAUGGCGUGAUAGAUGUGCUGCACUAUGGAUCCCAUUGAAUAAAUGUCGUAGAGAAACUGCAUUUAUGCCUUGGAAAUGUGUUCAAUUAAGACAUGAUUAUGAACAUUGUCAAUAUUUGGAUUUUAAAAGACGUGUUAAAGAGAUGGAAGAGUUGGAGGCUGCAAAUUGA